GCUGCACAGCAUCCCGGGGAUAGCUACAGCUACCUGGCUCCCCGCGAGAUACCCGGCGAGAUGCAGCUGCAGCAGGGAUGGGUCCCACUGGGGCUGAAAUUAACCAUCCUACUGGCACUGUGCCUGCAUCUGCCAGGUGUGACACCCAGGAGCUUUCAGCUUCCCGAAGGAGGAAACCUGGGUCGGUCCCGGCGACAGGCCGACGAUCCAGAGCCUAAUUCCUCGGAGGAGGAGGUGAUGGAAUUCUUUGAGCCCCUGCUCCGGGUCUUACAAGGAAUCCCAAUUCCUACGCUGUCCUCCUCGACUGACAUAUGGUCCUGGUUCCCUGCCCUGCAGAAUCUGCUAGACCCAAAAAAUCAGACCUCCAUUCCUGGGCCAACAGCACAGCCAGAGAAGCCCACGGCUGACUCAACAUCAGCACCUAAGACAGCUGCUUCUCCCAGGGCAGCAGCACUGGAGCUGCCUGUCUCCAUCCAGCCCGUGGUACCUAAAAUCCCCUUCACUGCCCAGCCGCCUCGUCUGGAGCUCCCCGUCUCCAUCCAGCCCCGGGCAUCAGAGCUGGCUAGCUCUGUCCAGCCAGCCAUAGAUGAGCUGGUUUCAUCUCCCGAUGAAGAGAGCUGCUAAUGGGGCAGGGAGUCAAGACUCCUGCGUUCUAUCCCCAGCUUUGGGAGGCGAAUGGGGUCUAGCGGGUUACGGUGGUGGAAGCUGGGAGCCAGGACUCCUGAGUUCUAUCCCCAGCUCUGGGAGAGGACUUGGGAGGGGGUGUGUCUAGUGAUUAGAGUGGGGGCAAGGGUGGGAGUCAGGACGCUUGGGUUCUUUCCCUACCUCUGAUAGGGGAUUGAGAGCUAGUUAUUAGCCCCUGGUUUGGGUCUUACAAGAAAUCUCAGCUCCUACUCUGCUUUCCCCAGAAGCCAUAUGGUCCUGGCUCCCUGCCCCACAGAAUCUGCUAAAGCCAAGACUUCUGGGUUCCAUCCCUAGGUUUGCCACUCCCGCCCCAGCCCAUGCUCCGUGCCUCAGUUUCCCCCUUUAGUGACUCCCCGGUGCCUCUGAGCACCCGGCCAGGAUUUGCCGUGAGGCUGCUCUAGAAAUAGUGCCAGUGCCUGAGGGUUUCCUGGGUGCCAGCUCCUGAAAU